GGCCCCCCCACUCCCACCGCCCGGGGCCCGGGCCCCGCUCCGCCCGUCGCCGCCCGCCUCCUCCCGGCCAAGGGCGAACGAUGACCGCCGUCCAUCCCGAUGGGCUGAUAAUGCUCAGAAGAUGCCUCGUCCACCUCAGGCCCUUUAGGCUGUUCAUCUUGGGCAUUGGUUUCUUCACCCUCUGCUUCCUGAUGACGUCCUUGGGGGGCCAGUUCUCCGCCCGGCGCCUGGGGGACUCGCCCUUCACCGUCCGCACGGAAGUGAUGGGGGCCCUGGAGUCCCGAGGCGUCCUACGCAAAAUGAGCGACCUGCUGGAGCUGAUGGUGAAGCGCAUGGACGCGCUGGCCCGCCUGGAGAAUGGCAGCGAGCUGCGCAGGGCCGGAGACGGGCGCCUCUCUGCCCACAGGCUCCCGCCCACGGCCGGCCUGAUGGAGCGGCUCCAGGCCAUCGCCCAGAAUGUGUCCGACAUCGCGGUGAAAGUGGACCAGAUCCUGCGCACCAGCCUCUUGCAAGCCAAAGGACUCGAGGGCCGACGGGACCAGUGCGAGGUGCCCAAUGACCCCAAGUUCCCCGACUGCUCGGGAAAGGUGGAGUGGAUGCGUGCCCGCUGGACCUCCGACCCCUGCUAUGCCUUCUUCGGCGUGGAUGGCACCGAGUGUUCCUUCCUCAUCUACCUCAGCGAGGUCGAGUGGUUCUGCCCGCCGAUGCCCUGGAGGAACCGCUCAGCGGGGGCCCGGCCCUCUCCCCAACCCCUCCCCAAAGUCCAGGCCACUUUCCGGAGCAACCUGUCCGUCCUCCUCGACCUGAUGGGCAGCGGGAAGGAGUCCCUGACAUUCAUGAAGAACAGGGCCAAGCGGCUAGCGGCCCAGUGGGCCCGGGCCGCCCAGCGCCUGGAGCGGAAGUUGACCGACCCCUGGCCUAGCCAGAAGCAGAUCCUCGUUCACAUCGGCUUCCUGACGGAGGAGUCGGGGGACGUGUUCAGCCCGCGGGUGCUCAAGGGGGGGCCCCUGGGAGAGAUGGUGCAGUGGGCGGAUAUCUUGGCCGCCCUCUUCGUCCUGGGCCACGGCCUCAAGGUCACCGUCUCUCUGAAGGAACUGCAGAGUAACCUAGGGGUGCCGCCGGGCCGGGGGAACUGCCCCCUCACCGCCCCCCUGCCCUUUGACCUCAUUUACACCGACUACCAUGGCCUGCAGCAGAUGAAGCAGCAGAUGGGGCUCUCCUUCAAGAAGUACAGGUGCCGGGUCCGGGUCAUCGACACCUUCGGCACGGAGCCCGCGUACAACCACGAAGAGUACGCCACCCUGCAUGGCUACCGGACCAACUGGGGUUACUGGAACCUGAACCCCAAGCAGUUCAUGACCAUGUUCCCCCACACCCCAGAUAACUCCUUCAUGGGCUUCGUGUCGGAGGAACUGAACGCGACGGAGAAGCGGCUCAUCAAGGACAACAAGUCCAGGAACAUGGCGGUUGUGUACGGCAAGGAGGCCAACAUCUGGAAGCUGCAGGGGAAGGAGAAGUUCCUGGGCAUCCUGAACAAGUACAUGGAGAUCCACGGCACUGUGUACUACGAGACGCAGCGCCCGCCCGAGGUCCCCGCCUUCGUGAAGAAUCACGGCCUGCUGCCUCAGCAGGAGUUCCAGCAGCUGCUGCGUAAAGCCAAGCUCUUCAUCGGCUUCGGAUUCCCCUACGAGGGUCCCGCCCCCCUGGAGGCCAUCGCCAACGGCUGCGUCUUCCUGCAGUCCCGCUUCAGGCCCCCGCACAGCUCCCUCAACCACGAGUUCUUCCGGGGCAAGCCCACCUCCAGGGAGGUGUUCUCCCAGCACCCGUACGCCGAGAAUUUCAUCGGGAAGCCCCACGUCUGGACAGUGGACUACAACAACUCGCAGGAGUUCGAAGCCGCCAUCAAGGCCAUCAUGAGGAUGCAGGUAGACCCCUACCUGCCGUACGAGUACACCUGCGAGGGGAUGCUGGAGCGGAUUCACGCCUACCUCCGGCACCAGGAUUUCUGUGAGGCCACGGGAGCCCCACUACCGGCCGCCCCCGCGCUGGCCCGCCCCCCGCCGGGCCCCUUUGCCCUGGUGGCCAAUGCCACGCACCUGGAGUGGCCCCCCAACGCCAGCGGCCUGGACGUCCCCGCCUGGCCCCCGGCACGCUGCCUGCAGGGCUGGCUGUCCGGCCCGGGACAGGCCUGCACCGACCUCUGCCUGCAGCACGGCCUGAUGUGCGAGCCCGCGUUCUUCCGCUUCCUCAACACCAGGGAGGCGUUUCUGCAGUUGAACGUGGACUGCGCCAGCACCGAGUCGGAGAUGAACCACCUGUACCCGGCGUUCGCCGCCCCCAGCGCCGCCCCCGAGCCGGGCCACGAGUGCUUCCUGCAGCAGGAGCCGCUGCUCUUCAGCUGCGCGGGCGCCAGCCCCAAGUACCACCGGCUCUGCCCGUGCCGCGACUUCCGCAGGGGGCAGGUGGCGCUCUGCCGGGACUGCUUGUGAUGCCCCGUGAGGGGGCUGUGCUCUGGGACCCCCACCACCCCUUUCCGCCACCCCCUUUCCCUGCCGCAGGGCCCCGGGGUGACUCCUCUCAUUGGAACUGUGACCCCGCCUCCCACUCUUCUCUCCCCCUCUGUCCGGCCUCCCUCUCCUGCCCCUGCCCCAGCCCCUGCCCCAGGAAAAGCACCAGCAUUUUCCAUUUGCCACCCACAGGGCCGCCCGGCCCGGGCCUGGCCAAGGGAUGCAGUGCGGGCGGCCUCAGAGGAGGAAAUAAUAAUAAUGUUUUAUUUA